UUUCCGGGUCUAGGGUUCUUCUCUCAACAGCACGCCGCCUUUCACCCGACAAAGAACAAAGUUCCAUCGGAGAGAUGUCGCGACCGGUCCCGAGGAACGACGUGGAGAUCGAAGGAAGAUUUGUGCUGCUGGAGCUCGGACCCCAUGAGCAAACCAAGAGAUCCAAGAAAGAGUUCUCUGUCGGGAAACGGAGAUGGCAACUAUCCGCUGUCCGAGUCGACGAGCAUACUUCGGUGACGCUUUCAACAUCUUCACUCUUUUGGGACAAAUGUUUGGCUUCCGUUACCCUAAAACUUGUGCUCUUUCCUGAAAAUCAACCGGUGGUAGUUCAUAAUCGUCAAGAAGUUGACCUACCUCUCAAUGGUCCUCAUACAUGGACAGUGACGGAUGGAUGUAAAUCUACAAGAUGCCUGGUUGAGAUCGAGUUUCGCAACAUUACUGAGUUGAAGGACUUUUCUGAUGGUCUAGAGAUAAGAAAUGUACCUGACACAAAAUUGAAGAGAUUCGAAGAGAACUUCCUCAUUCCCCUGAUUGUGCAAAGAGAUGGAAAUCACGACAUUAGCGCUCGCAAUAAAGAGAAAAAAGUCACAACAGAGAAAUGA